AUGGUGGAACAUGAUACCCUGUUGUAUAUGGUGGACUAUUUGGAGAGAAAGAAACAAGAGGUGUAUGGAAAAUACUGCAGAAUCAGUACAAAAGUUCAAAUGGCGUUGUAUGAAGACCUUCUGUUUGGUGUAAUGAGGAGGAGUUCUUGUGUUAAAUUAGGUCAUGUAAGAGCUUUUGAGCUAACGUCUUCUGUAAAUUCAAUACAGCUUCUACAAAUGAUUGAUGAUGGACAAGCUGUAGAUAUAAGGGGUUUAUCUGAAAAAUUGUUGGUCAAGCGUCUGCGAAAACUGUUCCUCUCCUUAAACCUUAAGGAAACAGGUGAUCAUGUUUUUCUAUUACCAUUAAAAGCAUUUCCUACUUUGGAGACUGUAGGACCCUUAAUCCGUUCUCAAAUGCAACUUCGAAGUCAAGAGUUGCAUCGAAAUGAUGAGCAGUCCAAGCCAUUGGAUUCGGUAGUUGGACAGGAACAUUGUAAUGCCAAUUUGAGUUUGCCAAAUGAAGUGGCUAGUGGUCAUAAUGCCAAUUUGAGUUUGCCAAGCGAUAAUGCUACCGCUUACGAUGCUAAUUUAAGCUUGCCUGCCGAAGAAGAUACUGGCCCAAAAAAGAGGGUGAUUGGCCCUGCAAUGCCUUCUGCAGAACUACUUGCUGCCGCAGCUAAGUUAACUGAAGCACAAGCGGAGCUGAGGGAUGUUGAGCUGGAAGAAGAUACUGAAUUGUUUAUAGGACCCCCACCUCCUGCUUUGGUGACUGAGGUAGAAUCAGCAAACGAGGCCGAACGUUUUGAAGAGGUUACAAGAAUCAUGGGAGCAGAUGCAGACAACUCAUAUGAUGUUUUGGGUGCGAACAGAAAUAUGUUGAGUGAUAACAUGAAGAAAAGGUACUGGAAGUUGUCUCUUAUGGUGCAUCCUGAUAAGUGCACGCAUCCUGAAGCUCACCAAGCGUUCAUCAAGCUGAACAAAGCCUUUAAAGAUUUGCAAGAUCCAGAUAAAAGGAAAGUGUUGGAUGAGAAAAUAAAGCACAAGGAAGAACAAGAGGAAAUGAAGGCAGAAUUACAAGCUAUGCGUGAAGCUGCCCAAUGGAGACGUUUGCAAGGUAUCUCCAUGGAAGGUGAUGAUCUGUUGUUAGCAGAGAUGGAGGUCAAAGUUGCACCAAAAAGAGAUGAAUGGAUGACUACACUGCCUCCUGAAAGAAAAGCUGGCGUUGUAAGCAUGCACUCAAAGACUAGCUUUAGCAAAAGCUCGAAAGAAGGCCGUGGUGAUACUAGUGCCUGGACAGACACCCCAUCAGAUCGAGCUCAGAAAGCCAAAAUGAAUUAUCUGGAGGCUUUCAACGAGGCUUCGGCACUUGCUUCUAAAGAGCUGCAAGAAAAGAGUAGAUCAAGUGUCGAUGCUGAACUGGUGGAACAGUAUAAUAAAUCGAGAAGAUCAAAAUCUAUGGUAGAAAAGCAUCAAGAGACCGUUCGUACCAAGUCAAAGAAAAAAUCAAAGCAGGAAUCAACCAAAGAAGAAUGGCAAGGAAAUCAUCCAUGGAAACCUUGGGAUCGUGAGAAGGAUUUGACAGCGGGAAGGCAAAAUGUUAAGCUUGAUGCUGCGGACAUGUCUCAGGGUCUCACUUCCAGGUUUUCUUCUGGAUCCUUUCAAAGGAAUUUCCUUUAGAAGAGUUGUUGUCAUCUUCGAUGUUUUAAUUUGUAUUGGCCCUUAAUAUAUAUAUAUUAAGAUAUCCUGAGCAUGAUCCAUCAAUUUAUCUUGUAGAGAUGUAUGUGUAACCAUCGAGCUGCAGAAUAAAAUUGCUUU